AUGGCAUCUGCUGUUUAUUUUUGUGACCAUAAAGGUAAACCACUUCUAUCAAGAAAAUAUAGGGACGAUAUACCGCUUUCUGCAAUUGAUAAAUUUUCUAGUUUGCUUUCAGAUAAAGAAGAAGAAUCUAAUCUUUUACCUCCAUGUAUAUCUCACAAUGGUAUCCAAUACAUGUUUAUUCAACACAAUGAUUUGUAUCUAGCCGCUCUGGCUACUUCAGUCCAAGCUAACAUUUCAUUAAUUUUUGCAUUUUUACACAAGAUAAUCGAUGUUCUCGAUGGCUAUUUGAAAACUGUAGAAGAAGAGUCAAUAAGGGACAAUUUUAUCAUCAUUUAUGAAUUGUUAGAUGAAAUGAUGGACUAUGGUUUACCGCAAAUCACUGAAACUAAGAUGUUAAAGAAAUAUAUUACCACAAAAUCUUUCAAAUUAGAGAAAGCUCAUAAGAAGAAAAGAAAUGCUGCAAGACCACCCACUGAAUUAACUAAUUCUGUUAGUUGGAGACCAGAAGGUAUCAAGUACAAGAAAAACGAAGCAUUUUUAGACAUUAUCGAAUCAAUUAACAUGCUAAUAACUCAAAAGGGUCAAGUACUAAGAUCUGAAAUUGUAGGUAACGUAAGAGUCAAAUCUCGUCUAUCUGGCAUGCCAGAUCUUAAAUUAGGUAUCAAUGAUAGAGGCAUCUUUACCAAGUACUUGGAAGGAAAUAAUAUCGGUAUUGCAAAGAAUGGUGAUGAUGAGGAUGCUGACGAUACUAAUAAUGAAAGUUCAAUUGUUAGCGAGGGUAGCAAUAAGAGGAAAACAAAUAUUGAAUUGGAAGAUUUAAAAUUUCACCAAUGUGUCAGAUUGAGUAAAUUUGAAAAUGAAAAGAUCAUUUCUUUUAUCCCACCAGAUGGAGAAUUUGAUUUAAUGAACUAUAGAUUAUCAACAUCAAUUAAACCUUUAAUUUGGUGUGACGUGAGUAUUCAGACUUAUAGGAUCGAAAUUCAUUGUAAAGCAAAAGCUCAAAUUAAGAAAAAAUCUAUCGCAACAAAUGUUGAAAUUUUAAUACCCGUACCAGAAGAUGCAGACUCACCAAUAUUUAAAUACUCUCAUGGUAAAAUUAAAUAUUUACCUGAAAAAAAUUUGCUUCUCUGGAAAAUAAGUAGUUUCCCAGGUGGUAAAGAAUAUUCAAUGGCCGCACAAAUGGGUUUACCUUCAAUAAGUGGUGAAGACGAUUUAAAUACUAGAGUGAGUAAUCAGAGUAAAAAGCCCGUUCAAGUAAAAUUUAAAAUCCCAUAUUUUACAACAUCAGGCAUUCAAGUUCGUUACUUAAAGGUAAAUGAACCAAAAUUACAAUAUAAGACUUAUCCAUGGGUUCGUUACAUCACUCAAAGUGGAGAUGAUUAUACAAUAAGGAUUUAA